AUGACAACAGCUAUUUGUUCUUAUGAAAAUAUUCGUCAAAUAACAUCAUGUACAGUAUGUAAUCGAACAUUUAAAGAUCCUCGAAUAUUACCAUGUGGACAUACAUUUUGUAUUGAUUGUAUACGAAAUAUAAUGCUUGAUACAACUAUAAUGGCUUGUCCUAAUUGUUUAGCUAAACAUACUAUUGUUAAUGUUGAUUUAUUAUCUCAAAAUGUAGCUUUAAUGCAAUUAUUACAUAUUCGAAAAAUUGAUAUUGUUCAAAAUAAACAAUGUGCAAUAUGUAAUGUUCAACCAUCAAUAACAUCUUGUGCACAUUGUUCUCGACAAGCAUGUGUUUCUUGUUUGGAAGUUCAUCGACAAGAAGUUAUUAGUGAUAUUACACGAGAAACAAUGGAAAUUGAACGUAUGAGUGAUGAAUUAAAAUUAGCACUUAAUCAAACAUCAAAUGAUUUCCGAGAUCAAUGUGAUGAAACAUUUCAACAAGCUAAUAAACGUUUUGAUGAAAUGCAAAAAAAUUUAAAAUUAUUAAAUGAACGUUUAUGUCAAAAAAUUCAAGAAUUUCAUGAUCGUCGUCAAGCUGAUCUUGCUCGUUGUGUUGCUCGUCUUCAUACUGAAAUACAAUCUAUUGAUAAAUUUGUUGGAGAUUCAAAACAUUUACUUGUUGAUGUUAAUAUUCAAACUGAAGUAUUAUUACGUCUUAAACAACAAUUUCAAGAACCACGAAAACGAUUACCUAUUCUUUCUCGAGAUUUAAUUGAAUCAACACCAACUAUUCAAUUUGUUUCAUCUUCAUUUCAAAUGCUUAAUGAAGAAUUAGCUGGUACACUUGUUCUUGAUAAACCUAUUCAUGGUAAUAUUAGUCCAAAUGGAACAUCAGCUAGUGGUGAUCAUGAUAGUCGUUUAGCUGCAUUGGCGUCAGGUUCUCGAACAGGUAAAAUGGAAAUAAUCGGACAAGAAGGUUGUGGAAAAUUAGAAUUUAAAUCACCAGCUGGUAUGACAAUAAAUAGUGAUGGACAUUUAGUUAUAGCUGAAAUCGAUAAUAAUCGUUUACAAAUUUUAACAAGAGAAUUUACACAUAUUCGAACAAUAAUUGGUUUUCGUGAACCACGUGAUGUUUCAUUUACAAAAGAUAAACGUUAUUUAAUUACUGAUAAUCAUAAAUUAAUUAUCUUAGAUGAAGAAUUUCAUAAAGUUGAAGUUAUUGGUUCAAAUAAAUCUGGCAAAGGACGAAAUAUGUUUAAUAAUCCAACUGGUAUAACUAUUGACGAAGAUGAUGAUGAUAUUAUAAUAUGUGAUACAAAUAAUGAUCGUUUAGUUCUUAUUUCACGUGAUUUUAAAUGGAUACGAGAUAUAAAUACAGGUAUUGAUACAUCACCACGUUAUGUUUGUAUACGUCAAAAUAUAAUAUAUGUAACAAGUGGAACAAAAGCUUGUGUUUUAAUAUUUAAUAAAAAUACUGAUCAACAAAUAAAUACAAUACCAGAAUUAACAUUAGGUUUAUCAAUUGAUGCACCACGAUCUAUUCGAUAUGUACGAGAUCUUUUAUUUGUUACAUCAAGUUUAUCAAAAAGUAUAUUUGUAUUUACAAUUGAUGGAGAAUAUCGAGGUGAAUUAAGACAUGAAUUAUUUGCACGACCAAUUGGUAUUCUAUUUAUUGAUGAUAGUCUUUAUGUUACCGAUAGUGAUAAACAUGCAUUAUUCCAUUUCAGUGGUGUUCUUCAAUAA